AGGCCCCGCCACCGAGUUCCGGAAGGCCGCCGACACGACUUGCGCCAUCGCCAUCCAGCGAGGCUCCUCCCUGGGACCGCUCCUGACCCGCGAGGACCUGGACCGAAACGCGCGGACGCCCUGCGACCCGUCGCAGUGCAGGGCGGACGUGUUCUUCGACUUCGUCAUGGCUCCCCACCUCAUGCGGGUCCACGGGCCUGGGCGCCCUGGCGGCCACACGCCUCCUGCGCCUGCUGGGAGAAGGGGCCCGAGGGAGGCCCCUCGGAGGGGUAUCUCUUCUCCUUCCCCCCGGGCGCCGACGGGUGCACCGCGCGGGCCUGCUGGAGGGAGUACCUGUUUCUUCCUCUGCCAUCUACGCCUACUCCACGGGCGACGUUGACGACGUCGUACCCACGUGGACCGCGGCCUGCCAGGAUCCGAGGUCCCGGAGGGCGAGGCCCGCGACGACGCGCUGCCGAGCCUCGAGUACCUGCGGGACGACCUGUGGGCACGGGGCGAGCACGAGGCCGCCAGGGCGCUGGUGAGGGUCGGCGCCCCGGACACGGACGCGCGGGGCGGCGAGCCCGACUCCGGCCCCGCGGGCGCCACGCCCCAGGUGCUGCGCAGGAUCGCGGAGGGCUGGGAGAGCCUGACCUCGGAGGCCCUCGGGCUGCUGGAGCAGCUCGGGCUGCUGGCGGUGGACGGGGUCACCGGCGGCAGCAGCGAGCAGGUGAUGCUGGGGAGCACGUUCACCUGGGAGAACUAUCUCGGACUACCGGUCGCAGGUAGAGUUCCUGAUCGCGGGGCUCACCAGCACCGAGGCGAUGCGGAAGUGGUACGCGGACCUGCCCGGCACCAACAAGGUCAAGAGUUACGGCCCCAACGGGACCCUCUACCUCGGCUACGGCGACGUCAGGAGCCGGCUCGAGGCCUUCGGCGAAAAGAAGGUCACGGGCCAGGCCCAGCGGCAGAACGAGCUCGGCAUCGCGGUCCAGAACGGCGUCAUGUGGCCCAACGCGCCCGGCGGCGAGCGCACCAUCUUCCUGGGCGCCAGCGCGGAGAACCACGCCUUCGCGCGGCCGCUCCUCGCCAGGGUCCUCGACCUGGCGGAGCGCAGCGAGGGCGCCUGCGACGGCUCCGCGUGCUGGAACAGGGCCUGGCUCAGCCAGCGGGCGAGGGAGUUCGUGGACGGCGGACGCGUCAAGAUCGACAGCUCCGACUUCAAGUGGUACGUCACCCAGAUCCUGCACAAGGCCCACAUGGACAUCGACCUGUCCGAGGCCGAGGCGCGGGAGUUCGCGGACUACAUGGGGAAGGUCAUCCUGCCCGUGGCCCUCCCAGAGGGCCAGGUCAACACCUGCCCGGUCAGGCAGGCCCUCGGCAUCUCGGAGACGCAGGGACGGCGCAGCGCGUACCUGAGGAGGUACCGUGCGGCCAUCCGCACUAAGUUCCUGGACCGGGACUUCACGUACGAGGAGGUGGACCUGGUUGCGUCGGCGUUCCUGGACGCGCUGCAGUUCGCCGGGGGCAUCGCGGUGCCCACCAUGAUCCAGUACGUCAUAGCUCUGACGCACAUGCGCGAGGAGGACAAGUGGGAGCAGCUCAAGGGGCUGAGGCUCGAUGAGGAGAACAUCCCGUCCGUGGUGUGGGAGGCGCUGCGCGUGUACCCACCGGUGGGGACGUUUCCUUAUUGGGAGAAAGACGAGGACGGCAACUGGAAACACAUUAUGCUCAACAUUGCCGGCGCCUUGGAAGACGAAGCGGCGUGGGAGGACCCGCUGACGUACAAGUUCCGUCCCAUGAAGGAGUACAUGGAUAAAUUUCUCGGUUUCGCAGACUUCGCCACUCAUCCGCCGACGGCCGCUGGAGGAGCUGGCCCACACGAGCACAAGUGCCCCGCCAAGAACCUUGCCAUCGCGAUCAUAGAAACGUUCCUGAAGGAGUUCGAGGCCGUGGGGCCCUGGCACGCGGCCGACCCCAGGAUCACUGUCAAUUCGUACAUGACCUCGUCAUACGCGGUUCUGCGGCAGGACCACACCUGCUGGGACGCCCCGAAGAAGUGCAAGCCGACGUUCACCUACAAGGGCAGGCAGUUCCACGGCUGCACCAGCGUCGACUACGAGCUGGGCGGCUGGUGCUCCACGGACGAGACCUACGACGGGCGCUGGGAGGUCUGCAAGCCGAAGCUCUGCAGGCACUCGCCGUGCUGCUGCAAGACGUCGGCCUGCAGUACGAAGGCCCUCCUGCAGCGCUACGCGCUCGAGACCCACGGCGCCGGCACCGAGGAGGUGGUCUGCUGCAAGCGAGUCGAGGAGGCGCCCGGGAGCGGCGAGUGCCCCGGGAAUUGGCUGUUCGGCAUCGGCUACUACAAGCCCGCGCAGGAGGUCUCGGAGGCCGCGGGCGACGGCCUGUGCCCGGCCCACGACUACGCGGAGCAGCCUCCGCCCUACAGCCCAGAGCAGGCGGAGAUCGACGCCAUGGCGGCGGCGCACGAGUGCCAGCAGACGGGGGACGGCGGACAGUGGCGGGCGGAGUGCAUCUGCCUGCGGGCGGGCGACGACUGGCAGCCCGGCGAGGACGUCGCCCGCCUGGUGCACAGGUGCACUGCCCUGACGGCCGUGGCGCAGGAGGUGGCCGCCCCGUGGGGGUGCUCCGUCCGCAGGCAGACCGUUGACGGGCAGACGCGCGUGUCGUGCGAGGCCAGCGCGCCGCUGCACGUGCGGCUCGGGCACAGCGCGUCGCAGGCGUGGGACAGCCUGACCCGGUGGGGCACCGAGCAGUUUGUUCCCACCGACCAGUGCGGCGCCUCCUCGGCCCAGUGCUGCUCGCAGAGCGUGCUCGGGACCGAGUCCGCCACGUGCCAGGACGUCACCUCGGGGUUGCUGACCAGCGCCUGGCACGAGCUGCCGCUGCAGCUGCAGGGGGUCUUUUGGCUCCAGAAGCAGGGGGACUCCUCCGCCCUGAUGUCGUUCGGCCGCACCAGCGACGGCUGCGGCAUCAGCCCCGGCAGCAUCCAGAGCGACGCCACCUACAAGGUGCGAGUUAGUGGGGACCGCUCCUGGUCAUUCCACUCCGUGGACGGCGGGUCGUUCAUGCUAGCGGAGCUGGUCGACCUCAUCUACGACUUCCACUUCGACUCGGCCACGGACCCCAGGUUUGCCCAGAUCAUACCCGAGGCGCGGAACGUCCUCGGGGUCAGGGUGCCGUCGUGGCUGCUGUCCUUCAACAUGUCGCUGGUGGACCACAGCUCCAGCCCGCACCGGGACUCUGUGGUCUGGCGCCGCCAGUCCGCGGUGCCGGCGCUCGGCCUGGACGGUUCCGGCGGCCAGGGCGACUACCACCUCGUCCAGGUCAUCGACGGCUCUGGGAACAGGCUGCCGGCGUUCGGAGACUGGGUGAAAUAUUGCGAGGACCCGGAGCAGACUGGUGACUCGUCCCCUGGGAAGAUCUGGUUCCACGCGUAUUCGUGGAAGGGGAGCGCGAGGUGAUGAGGAGCGCCUGUGAACGAGCGGGGCUCUGCUCCCCCCCCCUCCCCCGCAACAGGGGCGCCAGGAUCUGCGUCUUCGUGCGCACGGGCGCAGCCCAGCCUGACCACGGCCUCGCUGGGCCGCUGCGGCCUCACUCAGGAUUUGAAGGACUUCACAGGCCGUCUUUAAGAGUAUUUAUGCACCCUUGGGGCUGAGGUG